AUGUUUUAUAUCACCCCUCUUGGCAGACCCCAGGCAGGAGAACUACUUCUUGGUAUCGCCGUGCAGCUCAUCUUUAACCUCGGGGCAAACAGAAUACAAACCCCAAAUGAGAUACACAGGACAGACCCGCGUAGCCAACAUCUCCGAGCUUUGUUCUGGCAUUGCUAUGCCAUCGACAAAGAAUUCUCUAUCAGAAAAUCCCAGCCACCCUUGAUAAACGACGCCGAUUGCGAUCUAGACCUGCCUACAACAUACGCCCAGAAAACCUCAGCACGCCACUUCUACAUGAAGCCCUUGUCGUCCAAGGAACUUCUUUUCCCCUCAGACCUCCGCUUUUCUCUACUCAAGUCCAAGAUCUUCCGGUUGCUUUAUUCAGUGCACAGUCAGACACUACCGGAAGCUAGACGUCUUCAGCAUAUUCGUGAACUGGACCAAGAACUGAGCGACUUGAAGCUGGGCUAUCCCGUUGACUGCCGGCCGGAACUCUUCGCCACCGAGGACGCACCGGACUAUCUAUUCCAUGAUCUCAGUAUGCGUGGUGUGAAUAUCCAUUUGGAAUAUUACUAUUGUCUCGGAAAGAUCCACGGGGCUAGUAGCUCUUGCAAGAUACCUUCUCCGCAAAGCUGGUCGCCUCUCCCAUCUAGUGCAGAGCUAUGCUUUGAGGCUGCAAGGUCUUCGCUGAUCUACAUCUGGCGAGUCCGCCAAUUCGUCAAUGAUCAUACGUUCUGGAUUCAUGCUCAGUUUCUCCUCACGGCUGUUCUCUCGGUCUUCUGGUAUCUCAUCACGGUUCCAACUUCAUCUACUUUUACCAGAGACCUCAAGACCUUGGAGGAUAUUGCUGAACUCUUGGCUCAUCUCAAUAAACCGAAGGAAGAUGGGCAGACUUUCCCGCCAUUUUAUUUGACGCAUGCUUUUGUUGAGAGGUUGAUCUCGCUAGCGCAGCGUUCGAGACCUAAAGUUGCAGGCACAUGA